AGUCAGGUAUUGGCGAAUCGGCGGGCUCGCGUCCAGGUGAGGCUCAAUCGUUUGCUGCAAAUUCUUGGCCACCGAGCCACAAGAACUUGGAACUCAAGUGCCGCUCUUUUGCCCCCGGGAGUUGUUGGGCUGCGCAGUGGUACGUUGGCAAUAGCGACUCCCGCCUGUCUACCAAGUACGAAGUAUAGUAUACUGUAGACUGUACACCAAGGCGCCGCCGCCCCCACCACUACUACGUACCACGAUCCUCACAUCAGCAUCGUGGGCCGUUGCAGGCCUCGUUGGUCUCACUUCACCUUCCCUCCCCUCACCUUGGCCCUCGCGCGACCAGGGACUUGCAAGAACGGCGUGUGAGACGAAGGGGAGGAAGGCGCCCGUCCCACUCCCCGUGGUGCCGCCGGCCAGCAACAGCAGCAGCAGCAGCAGCAGCAGCACCAUGUCCGGGCACUUUGUCUCCGCGGGCAAGAUAGGGCCCGGCGGGGAGCCGUACGUCGCCGAGGGCGGCAGCGGCAAGGUGUCGUCGUCGCCACAGCAGCAACAGCAGGACGGGAGACGACUGGGACAAGAGGGGGAGCAAGAGCGGAAACAGCAGCAGCAAGAAGAACAAGAACCAGCAGCUCAGCCGCUGGCCAAGAACGUCGAGUGGGAGGCGGUGCAGAGGGAGCUGGACGCGGAGAGGAAGCGCAGGGACGAGGCGCGGCACAAGGCCGCGGCCGGGGAGGAGAAGUCUCUGUACGACAUUCUGCAGGCGAAUAAAGCCGCCAAGCAGGCCGCCUUCGAGGAGGCGAACCGCAUCAAGAACCAGUUCCGGGCGCUCGACGACGACGAGGUCAAGUUCCUGGACGAGGUGCGGGCGCGGCAGCGACGCGAGGAGGAGGCGGUGCGGCGCGAGACGGAGGAGGGGCUGCGGGCGUUUCGGGAGCGGCAGCAGAAGAGCGGCAGCGGUAGUAGCGGACAAGAUGGGUACUACGGCCUGGAGCAGCAGCAGCACCAGCAGCAGCAAGUGUCGCUGUUGGCGUCGACGGCAGACAUGGGCGAUGAGGAGGACUGGGCGGCGGCGGCGGGACGGAAGAGAAAGAGAGCGGCGGCGGCGGCGGGGAGGGAGGGAGGGUUGAAGGGCGUGGUGAGGAGGAGGAGUAAGGCGAGCGAGAGCAGUGGCGCGGCAGCAGCAGCAACGGCAGCAACGACAGUGCGGGAGGAGGGGGCCGUGGCGGCGGCGGAGGGAACGGCGGGUGAGCAAAAGGCCAAGGAGGCGACGGCGGCGACGGCAGGAGGGCGCAGGAGUAGUGAGGCCGGAAAGGAGGCGCCUCCGGAGAAGAAGACGAAGGCGUCGGCAUUGGUAGACUAUGGCUCUGACGACAGCGACGAGUAGCUCGCUGCCUUGGCUACCUUGAUGCG